CGCCCGAAUCCUCUCGACCGCGCUCGUCGACGAACCUUCUCGCUCGCCACCGCCACCGCCACCGACCUCGCCGCCUCCUAUAAACUCGCCCUCCACCUCGCCGUCGCGUCUCGCCCAACGAACAAGUCGCAGAGCGCGCGAGGCACGACGAGAACGAACGCACACACGCUUAAAGAAUUUCGCUGCGUCUGAGCUCUUGAGCUGUCGGAGAUGGCGUCGAGGAGAGCUGCAACGGCGGGGGCGGCGGCGGCAAUGCUGGCCUGCAUUGCCUUGGCGGCGACCACGGCGGGCGCCGCGCUGCUCCCGUGGUUCGGCGGCGGCCGUGGCGGCGCGCGGGACGAGGCGGCGGCGCUGUCGGAGGCGGUGCUCCUGGCCGCCGACCCGUUCCGGAUCCUGGAGCACGUGCCCCUCGGGUUCGACCGCGACGACGUCGCGAUGCUGUCCAUGGCCCGCGUCGACUGGCGCGAGACCGGCGACGCGCACGAGAUCGUCGUCGACGUCCCCGGGAUGAGGAAGGAGGACCUGCGGGUGGAGGUGGAGGAGAACCGGGUGCUGCGCGUCAGCGGCGAGCGGCGGCGCGAGGAGGAGCGGAAGGGCGACCACUGGCACCGCGAGGAGCGGUCCUACGGCAGGUUCUGGCGCCAGCUCCGCCUCCCCGACAACGCCGACCUCGACUCCAUCGCCGCCACCCUCGACAACGGCGUGCUCACCGUGCGCUUCCGGAAGCUGGCGCCCGACCAGAUCAAGGGCCCGCGCGUCGUCGGCAUCGCCGGGGGCGGCGACGACGACGACGGUGCCAAGAAGAGCAUCGGCGCCGGCGCCGGCGGCGAGGGGCAGCACCAGCAGGCCAAGAAGGUGGAGCUCUGAACAACCGGUGAACUUUGUAAAGUGACAAACCAUAUGAGUGUCGUGGACUCACACAUUCACACGCUUCAGUUUGAUCGAUGUGCAGAUGUUAACUGAGGAAUAAGAAGCUUCAGUUUGCCUUCUUUGGUGCGUGUAAAAAUUGGCUGUUUGUGAUCUUGUUUCUAUGAUCUACAUUUUGCUCUAAAAGUGGUGCCAA